CUUACUUCCUGCAUCCGACUCCUGAUGGUGACUUCAUUUUUCGAGCUCAAUACUCGGCCUGCUUUGUGCAGAAGGAGAAAGCAAAUUACAGGUUGGAAAUCAGGAUAUCUCAAAAAGGGGCGACAAGGUUGGAGCGGAGUAAGCUGUACGUAAUGAAGUGUCCAGUGCUCACGUCCAGGCUGGGCCGAGAGACCGUCCGCUGCGGACCCACGUUCAUUCAGGUCUCCCGGCCCCUGCCCCUGCGGAGCGCCAGUGGACAGACUCCGUGGCUGCUAUCCCUUCGAGGGGAGCUGGUGGCUUCUCUGGAAGAUGCCAGCCUGAUGGGAUUGUAUGUGGACAUCAAUGCCACCACUGUCACGGUCCAAAGCCCAAGGCAAAACCUUCUUCAGAGGCAGGAGGUGCUGAACACCUCCGCCGAGCUCCUGCCACUCUGGCUGGUGAGUGGCCGCCAUGCCUACUCCUUGCAAGCUGCCUGCCCACCGGUGUCAUCCCGGCCAGAGUCGGAGGUCUUAGUUCACAUCCCCAAGCAGAGACUGGGUCUGGUCAAAAGAGGCUCCCACAUCAAGGAAACCCUGAGCCUACAAUUCCUCCAAGUCCUCGAGUCCAACACCUUUACAGUGACCGAAAACAGGGAUUUCGUGAGGGUCAGCAUCCCGGCGGCUGAAGUGCUCCAGGUCCAGCGAUGCCAGGAGGGUCAAGGAGCCCCGGGGACACAAGCUUUCUAUAGAGUAGACCUGAGCCUGGAAUUUGUUGAGAUGGCCACGCCAGUCCUCUGGACAGUGGAGAGCUUCUUCCAGUGUGUGGGUUCAGGAACAGAGUUGCCUGCCUCAACUGCCACACCGAGGACUACUCUCUCCUCCUGGCCCCCGGGACCAAAGACCCCUCCAGCAGAAAUGCCACCAGUGGGCUCUCCCCAGACCCCGGCUGCAGGACCAGCUGCCCAGGAGGGGCUUUCUCCGGGCCUUGGGCACCGGCCUUCCAACGGGCUGGCCGAGGAGCCCGGACCGUCCCUGCAAACAGCCCAGCCCGUGGGAGGAGGCUGGACGUCCGCCGCCUCCCUUGUACCCACAGCAACUCGGGAUCAGAGCGGCCCCCAGGCCCCCGGGGAAGCGGGGUUACCUGGACACCCGCCACCUUCAGCCCUGCUCCCCUUGGAGCCCACGGGAGGUGUCCAGGCUGGCCCCAGGCCCCCACGUCCGGGCUUCCCAGGCCCCCCUGCCCCGACCGCGCCUUUGUCCUCAGAGGUCUCCUCUCCUCGCCGGCCUCCCCGAAGGUCUGAACGCUCCACAGUGGGCCCGGUCUCGGAACCGUCUGUUACCCCAGGAGGUCUAGAAACUGCAAGGCCUGAGCAGGACCCCUCGCAGCCACCGGGAAGUCCCCUCCUGCCACGAGGGCCAUCAGGGGGUGAUGUGGCUGCCACUGAGCCUGUCCAGGGGGAGGCUGAGCAGGCCCAAGAGGAGGUCCAGCCCAUGCCGAGGCCCUUGAGGGCCAUCCUGGCCGAGGGGGCGCUGGCGUCCCACCGUCACCCCAGAGGGCCCCAGGGAACCCCGUUUGUCAUAGAGGAGGACGGGCCACCCCGCAGAGGGCCUGGUCUCCCUGGGGAGGGGCCCAGAGGGCACCUGAAUCUGUUGUCCUCAGAAUCAGGUCAGGGCACAGCGGGGCCGGGACUCGCCGUCCUGCUGGGGAGAGAAGCCACGUUCGCUGCCCCCAGUAUGAGGCAGCCAGACCCCAGUGCCCGUGGGGGGCCCUCGGGACCGGAGCCCCCUGGGUGGCGCAGGGCGGAGCCAGCAGGGCCCCUGGCAGCUCUCACUGCGGAGCGGCCGCCGGCAGAACCCAGUCACCCCACAUCUCUUCUGAAGCCUGGAGCCCCAUCUGGGGGAGGGCCGGACCGAGCCCAAAGCCUGGAGCCAGCCCCCGGCUCGCUGGGGGGCCGGCAUGAGCAGGGGGCUGCACACUCUCCCGGCCCUCUGUCUACGUGGACACCGACCCCGGGGGCUCCCACAGAAACGCCAUCGUCCAGCCUGGCCGAGCCUGGACACCCUUUCCCCGCUGGCCAGGGGGCCUCACCCCGGCAGGGGCCGACAGGGCCCACAUUGGCCCCCAGCCCCGAAAGUCACCAGCCUCCGGAGCUCCAGAACGGCGUGGAGGGGCUCUCUGAGAGGCCCCCAUGCUGGGCCUCCACGGAGACUCGGGGGGUGAGUCCUGGGGACGCUGGGCGAGGACAGGGUGCACAGGCACGGGGUGGGCGCGCCCCCUGCCCGUCUCGGCCUCUCAGCGGGCGGGGACCCAGCCAGCGUCCCUCGGUCACCUAGCUGCGUUUUGUGCUCAGUCUUGCUGCCAAAGGUGGCGAGGCAUUGGGGGAAGCGCGUGGGCUCUGCAGCCAGACCCACCAGGCCCGGGGUUCGCGUUCUAGUUCUUCUGCUCUGGCUGUAUGACCUUGGCAAGGCCCCAACCUCUCUGAGCGUCAGGUUCCUGGUCAGUCAAACAGGGAUGGUGACAGUCCCUCCCCGACGGGGCUGCCGAGGCUCGAGGAAACGGACAUAAAGCCUUUAGUGCAGAGCCCGGCGCCCGGCGUGCGCUCAGAGCCUGGCCUCGGGGCACUGUCCCCGCACUUCAGAGCGGCCCAACUGUCCGCUCCAGGCCCCAGCAAAGGGGACGUUUGCUUGUCCCGGGAGAGCGUGGAAGGCCUUUAGCCACAGUUCAGACACCUCUGGGGACAGGUGGUGAUGGGGAGACCAUCCAGGGAGGUGACCCUGUCCUCCGGGCCUCAGGAGGCCGCGACCCCCGGUCUCUAAAGGACCCAAGGGGAGGAGAGUGGGGAGCUCUUGCUUUGUGUUCAUCACUCACCACGCCCUUCCUCUGGUUUCCAUGGCAGCAGCUGGUACCCUGCUGGCUCGGGCGGCCCCAGUGACCCCGGGUGACCCAGUGUCCUCAGGCUCCUUGGUCCAGAGGCCCGGCUGUAGCUGGGCACAGUGGUCUGGGCCGGAACAGCACUCAGUGCUUCCCUGGAAAGGUGGGGCGCCCCCCCAACCCCCUCCAGGCCGACCCACCACCGGAAGUGGGGUUUGAACCGCAGCCAAGGGGAGGAGGCCCCGGCAACGCCCGGAACAAGAAGUAAA